GAGAGAGAGAGAGGAGAGCAGGCGGGGGGGGGCAGGGAGGGAGGCGUGGAGGCUGCUGGAUCCUGGUUGGCUGCGGAGCGGGGGCUGACUCAGUGGAUCUGCACAGGCUGAGUGUGACAGAUGCACUUCUCUUCCCGGCCCUAUGCCAUUGGCUCCGUGCACUGGACCGGCAACGCGGAGCGCUCUAUAACGCCAUGCCUGCCUCCGCGGCGGCGAGCGGAGCAUCCCCCCCGCCCGGCAGACGACGCGCGCGGACCAAGCAGCAUCAGCAUCAGCAUCAGCAGCAGCAACAACAGCGGCGGUAGCAGCAGCACAAACUGCCGCGGCGCUCAGGACACGGCGGAGUGAGAAGCGGCGCGGAGACACGCGACGCAGCUGCAGCACGCACUCACACACGCGCAGACACACACAUACGCACACACACGCGCACACACACACACUCACACACGGCACAGCCAGUUACCACUGAUCACCCUCUACUCUCACUCCGCUUCGGGAUCACAGGCACCCAGGGGUGCCGCCCCUCCUGGGAUGAGUGGUUUCUCGACCCGGCCACGACCCGAGGACCAAGCCGUGGCUCUGGGCGACCCUGCUGACAGGUGGAGGUGCGCGCGUUCUCUCGGGCCGGGACUCUGAGCUCAGUGCCCCCUUCCCCAUUCGGCUGGACUCAGUGCGCCCUGUGCAUGGGAGCUGCAGGUGCCCCAUGGCGUGUUACUACAUUGUCAUCAGCUCCACGCACCUCAGCAACGGGCACUUUCGCAACAUCAAGGGAGUUUUCCGGGGCCCCCUCAGCAAGAAUGGCAACAAGCACCUGGAUUAUGCAGAGAAAGAAAAGGCCAUCGCCAAGGCUCUAGAGGACCUGAAGGCCAACUUCUACUGUGAACUGUGUGACAAGCAGUACUACAAGCACCAGGAGUUUGACAACCAUAUCAACUCAUACGAUCAUGCCCACAAACAGAGGCUGAAGGAGCUAAAACAGAGGGAGUUUGCCCGGAACGUGGCCUCAAAGUCCAGAAAGGAUGAGAGGAAGCAGGAGAGAGCUCUCCGCCGUCUGCACCAGCUGGCUGAGCAGCGCAGGGAGGUCCAAUGUGCCCCAGGCAGUGGUCCCAUGUUCAAGUCCACCACAGUUGCAGUGGAGAGCAGCUUUAGGGAAGCCCACAGUGGGGGAAACACAGGGGGGACCCUAACCGCCCUAGCAAUGGACACAGAGACUCAAGGAGAUGCCUCCAACACUAACAAGCAAACUCAGUGGCUUUGCACCGGAAAAGGCCGGAAACAAGCUUAUGGUCAAAAAAUUGCCUUCUCCUUCUCUUUCUUGAAGAAAGCGUCCGUGAGGCUAGAGUCGUCGGCCGCAGUCUUCUCUGAGAGUGCUGAGGAGGGGUCGACAAUACGUGGCUGCAGGCAGAGACUAGGACCACUUCCCACUGAGCGGGCCCCCCCUGAACCUCCAGUCAUUAAGAAAGCAGUCAAUAAUUCAGACAAGAGUCACAGCGUCGGCACAACCUGCGAUGAGGACAAAAGUAGCAUUGAGCAAAGCCAAGGGUCUUCAAACACAGCUACAACGCAUUAUGGACCACUGCCAGACUCAGAUCUGUGCACUUUGGUGGUUUACUCUGAGGACCUGAGUAGACCUUGUAUCAGCCAGUCGCCCACAUUUCCUCCCCAUUUAAACAAUACUGACAUAGCGCUUGGUGUGGAAGACUCUCUGGGGACUUUAAGAAAUGACACAGCAGAGAACAUGCUGGAACUUGGACGGGAAGCAAAACAAGGGUUGGAUUCAGACAGAAAUCUCUUGGCUGGAAAUGAUAGGACCUCCUCAAUGGUAAAUGACACAGCUGAGGUUGACCUUUCCCAAACCCCAAGAACAGAGGUCAGCUUGGAAGUAAAAUCUUCUGGCUCUUUCACUAAGCCUAGCCAACCUUUCUGCUCUGUCUUAAGCAGAGAUAGGAGCACAGUUCUCCCAUGGCCCUCUGAGAUGUUGACCUUCACUCGGACUGAACCUUCUCUCUCUUACAGCUGCAACCCCCUUCACUUUGACUUCAGAGCAUCAAGCGGAAGGAACAGAGCAAAUAAGACGCAGGAGAUGCCAGAGCCCCAGAUAAAUGAGGGGUCCAGAGCUAACACAACCUCUGCCAACCCAGAAAAGCCUUUUCAUUUUGAUAAGCACAACGAAGAGGCUUUGCUCAGCCGGAGCAACAGUCCCACUCAGGAGAGUCCAGACCGGUCCAUUAUUCAAAACCUCCAGGAGCUGUCUGGGCCAACGUGGAGGAAGGACGAUCACAUAUGUGACAAAGAAACCUAUUUUCAGCCAAAAAGGAAAAAGAGGUGCAGAAAGCAUUCCGGGGAGUGGAGGCACAGCAGAAAACAAGGAGCGGAAAAUUCAGGGGGAAGGGAUCGAUGUGGCCACAAGAACCACAAGAGGAAGAGGAGGAGGAAAGGAGACUCUGGCAGGGAGACAGAAAGAAAUGAGAGUGAUGCGGAGAAACCCACAAGCCUCCUGAAAAGGACCUGGUGUUGGGAGAAGAGUGGAAGCCAAUUUAGAGGCAGCACUUCUGAACAAGUCAAGCGGACAGAAGAGUUAAAGCAUCCUCUUCCCAAUCAGAAUGAUAUGAGUGAUGCCAGUGAUGAAGAGAGCAUAAGGAGCAUGAGGCAAGAAAAAUCAGGCAGCAGAAAUAGCAGAGUAAGCACACAAACUGUCUCUAACGACCAUUGUGCAGAUCUCAAAGUGGUGCUGAGAAACAGGGACGAAGAUCUGAGAGUCCUGUCAGAGGACUGGAUAAAUCCCAUGGGAUGCCCAUCACAUGCCUGUGAUGCACCUCACACAGAAAGACCUCAUGCUGGAAGCAUAAAUGAUGGUCAGGAAGUCCCACAGACCUUCAGCCACAGCCUUCAUCACAAUCGCCUGCUCAAGAGAAGGCACAGAUCCCUCAGUGAUGAGGCUGAGCUUUGCGUGAAACGGCAGCCAAGCACAGGGACUACUUCACCAACAGAAGACAACAGUGAGCAAGAUGAGUCCGAAAAUGAGGAGAGACUUUCUGAGGCCUCUUGCAAGCCAAGUAGGAUAUCGAAGAAAUGGAGACGGUGCAGUCAAAGUGAAGCCUCCCGUCUGAGAAUGAGCACCGAUGUACCAAGUGAGGAUGCCGAGAGUGUCUUCAUACAUACGGACUUUCAGUCCCAAGGGCUAGAGAACACCUUGACAACUGAAUUGGGGAAUGAUGUGAACAGUGGGUCAAAAAUACCAGAUGAGGUCAUAACUGGUGGUGAAGAUGGCAAGAAACCUUCGGUCGAUUUUCUGACCCCAAGUGUACCAGAGAAUACUUUGGUUCACCCCGAUCGGUGUGAUGAUCAGACUGAAGGGCCGCUAGCUGCUCAUCUCACUGUUCAUUGCACCAGGGAAACCUCUCUGUCCAAGUGCAUUAUAGCAGACAUCAGUCCAGCAGCAGAAAUGAUAAGUGAACUUGAGGACAACGACUCUAGGGCUGAACCAACGGCAGACGAAGUUGUUGCCAAACUCUGCGAUAAUAUUUCAAAGGAAGUUCACUGUUGCCGCCAUGUGGUCGAGGAACUCCCACAGCACGUGCUACACUGUGAAAACAUCAGUAAAUUUUUUCCAAACAGGCCUCAGAUCCAGCACCAGAGAGUUCGUCUAGGCCCUGCAUGUCAGGAUGUGAAACUGAGCCGUGAGGCCCUGAGUUCACUGCAAGCGUCGCCCCAGACCUUUCAGUCUUCAUUGGAUAGCAUCGAGAAGCCCUCCAUCCUGCAUCUACCAGCUCGCAGGCAGGUGGUGCACCAGCAGACAUUUCCUGGCAAGCUGAAACCGGUGCUGGCUGGGGCUCCUCUCCCUGUGUCCCCACCAGUCCUGCACCCCGUCCACCUGGCACCACCCAUGUCCUCCGCCUCCAUCACCAUUCGCCACACCAUCCUGCAACACCAUGCCACCUUCCUGCCCCCGCAGCCACCACUCUUCUCCCAGGUUUUCCCCCUAGCCAGCUUGCCCCUGGGAGCUGAAAUGUGCCCUGCCGGCCCACCACCCUUCAUGCCCCCGCCCCAGCUGUCUAUGGUGGCACCAGCCAGCCUGCACCCGGUGGCAAUGACAUUCCACGCACUGCCCCGCCCUGCUGUAUUUCCCCCCAUGCUGCCACCACACCCAGCCGUCAUUCCCUUGCAGCCGCUUUUCUGACACCGACACCUCGCGGCGACUCGUCUGUGCCGACGUAAAAUCGUAUCAUACGUAACACAAGGUUACAUUAUUGUUAUCCUUCCUUUUGUCUGCAAGCCCUUGAAGAGUAAAUCUUCGAAAACGUGAACAACAACCUGCCAAACCAUUUUUAUAAAUAAUAAGGGGAGUUAGUUUGUAGGGGAGCUACUGUAGUAAACAGAGAUAAAUGCUGCAUGUCAUUGAAUUUACAGAGAACAAACCCUUUGAGUUUUUUUUGCAGACAGGCAAAUCACCAUCUAUUAUGUAUUUCUUUCCUUGUGGAGUGUUACAGAAUUCUACUACUGCUCCCAAUAAUGCCAAACAGACGUAACAGUAUUAAGUACAUGACCUAUGUGCUUGAAUUUAAUUUGUAUCGGAAAGCAUGCUCUGUUGCUCUGUCAUUCAUGUUUCAGAAAAAGGCCACAUUUUAGUGGCCACCAAUAUUGAACCUGUCCCUCAUAAAGUCCAAUUUUAACUUUUUGAGCUUUUCAUGCUCUUCAGACGCAUCUUUCGUCAAGGGUUUGCCUGCGACGCUACAGACACACUAGGUUACGGUGUAUCAUAGCAAGUCAAUUCAAAAAUCUAUAACCCUACAAUUUAAUUUGACAGUGCAUACCUUGUCUGAAAUAUCUGAUGCAUUUUAACCCAGGUCUGCAUGAGUUCUCCACAGGAUGGAGUGUUUCCGGAACCCAGGGCUGAAAUACCGGUGUUGUUUCUCUAGCGUAGCGUGAACAAUUCUGCUUUAUAGGUUGAAUGGUUGGCCACAUAAAAGGAGAGCAAUGACAACAGCACUGUUGAAAACAGUAUCGCUAUAGUAAAAUAUUACCAUCUUUAUUAAAGCUGACCAGUUGUUUUCAUAAUGUCUAAGGGAACCUUACUUUAAGUGCCCACCUCUUCUGUAUGAAUCCAUGACCUUCUCCUUAAUAAGGUUAUCUGACUGGGUGCACAAGGUUAAGACAUCUCCUGCAAUGACCUCAUUGUACUG